GGCGGGACACAAGGCCGAGUGAUUCAUCUUCCGAAACAGAGACGAUCUCUGCGCACGGCGCCGUGUUUAUAGUGAACACGGCGGACCGCAGACUGAUCGAAGGAGUCUGUGUGUAAACCUGUACAUUAAUCUGUCCAACUGCACUACCUGUUCAGCUAUCUAUCGAUGGAGGACAUUAGAUAACCGAAGGACUUGACGUAAACCGGAGCAAUAAGGUCAAAUACUGAGUUUUGCGUUGAUAUGAAGGUGAAUUACAGCUACCAAAACAACGCGGUGAGUGUGUGCAUGAUGAGUGGCUGAGGAGGAGGAGAAGAAGGAGGCUGCGGUCUGAAACCAGAUUUUAUCCUGGAUAUUUCGAAACCAUCGUCGUGUCGCUCACACGCGGGGGGUUUGUGUAUCGAUUAAAUAUGCUAUUAAAAUCCUAGAAGGUCUAUUUCCAUCCCAAUUUUAAGGGGGUUUGACCAGUUUUCUGCCUCCCGAGAAUCCUCCAGCGACGGGACGUUGAACGUUUUUUCCUCCAGACAUGGAGUGUGAAGAUGCGGAUUACAGAGGAAUCCCCACCGCUAGUUUAGCCGCAUUGGUUUCAUUAUACACAUCAACGCGGCGUUGUUUUUGGCAGGAAUAAACUGAACUAUGAGUACAUCUUUUCUGGCGAGAGGAAUAAAUCGGUGAUUCUGGAGCACGAUUGGAUUCCCAUUGGGAAACGUGAGAAAACUAACGUUACCCUGCUAACCUGUAUGUAGUUGCUAUUAGCUCCAUUAGCCGGCUAACAGCUAAAAGGUGCUGGUUGGAUAUUUACCAAAUAAGAGGCUUUUUAAUAAUUCUGACAAGGUUUCGACCACGUUUCCUCCCCUCAACACACAUAUUCAUAGGAUUUUGGAGGAUUUACUCAUCCAGGAAUGAGGUCUCGAAUGGAAAGGAGCCGCUUGACCUUGUUUUGGGGUCUGAUGCUGGGUCUGUCGUCCUGCCUCCGGCCCGCCACCGCAGAGAUCUGUGGCCCCAGCAUCGACAUUGGCAACGACAUCAGCGAAUUCAGGCGUCUGGAGAACUGCACAGUGGUGGAGGGCUACUUGCAGAUCCUCCUCAUUGGUGACAAAAACAACAACAUCAACCAGGAAGUCUUCCGCUCCCUCAGCUUCCCCAAACUGACCAUGAUCACCGACUACUUGCUGCUAUUCCGUGUAUCCAGCCUGGACAGUCUGAGCACGCUCUUUCCCAACCUCGCCGUCAUACGCGGACGCAACCUCUUCUACAACUACGCCCUUGUGAUCUUUGAGAUGACGAGCCUGAAGGACAUCGGCCUGUACAACCUGAGGAACAUCACCCGCGGCGCCAUCCGCAUUGAGAAGAAUCCCGAGCUCUGCUACUUGGACUCCAUCGACUGGUCCCUCAUCCUGGACGCAGAGUUCAACAAUUACAUCGCUGGGAACAAGCAGUCCAAGGAGUGCAGUGAUGUGUGUCCGGGCAUCAUGGAGAACAACCCUCAGUGCAGAAAGACUAUGUUCAACAACAACUACAACUACCGCUGCUGGAAUUCCAACUACUGCCAGAAAGCAUGCGUCUGGCCAGCUUUGUGGGUUGUUGGAGUGGCAGAGUGUGGGCAUGCUGGAGAAGAAGCCAGGGAGCGGAAUAUGUUGGAGGAAGACAUGUUGGAUGGAUGGAGGAGCAGAGCUCUGUGCUGUUUAUCAUUUCUCUCUCCAGCAAGAACACACUAUAGAGAUCAACAAUAACAUCUAGACCACCCCUCUCCUCUUUUGCUGUGUUUGUGCCAAUGGACAGUGUUUUUUUCA